AUGGCGGCGACCUUUGAACGCGAGCGAGCCGUCGCCGAGGCCGCCGUCCUGCGCGCCGCCAUCCUCACCAAACGGGUGCAGUCCUCCCGCGUCCACGCCGUCUCCAAGGCCGACGCCACCCCCGUCACCGUCGCCGACUUCGCCGCCCAGGCGCUCCUCAUCAGCGCCCUGCACGCCGCCUUCCCCGACGACCGCUUCCUCGGCGAGGAGGACUCGUCCGCGCUGCGCCGCGACCCCGCCCUGCGCGACGCCGUCUACGCCCUCGUCAGCUCCUCCGCCGACGGCCCGGCCUCGGUCGACGACAUGCUCGACUUGAUCGACCUGGGUGGUGCCGGCGCCGGCGGGCCGGCGGGUCGGUUUUGGGCGAUGGACCCGAUUGACGGCACGGCCACGUUCCUCAAGGGCCAGCAGUACGCGGUCGCGCUGGCGCUGGUUGAGCACGGCCGCGAGGUCGUCGGCGUCGUGGCCUAUCCGAGCCUCGACCCCGACGCCGGCGGCGGCGUCGGCAUUCGCGACCGCGUCGUCGACGCCCCGGACGGCAUGGGCGUGCUCCUGACCGCCGUCAAGGGCCGGGGCGCCACCGUCCGGCGCUUCCCUUCCCUCGCGGCCGCCUCCCUGGCCUCGUCGCCCGCCUCGCCGCUGCCGCCGCUCCCACCACCCCCGCCGGCCGCGGACCUGCGCUUCGUCGACUGCCAGCGCUCGAGCUCCACGGACCACGGCCCCGUGCGCGCGCUCGCGGCACGCCUGGGGGCCAAGUACCCCGGCCUGGACAUUUGGGCGAGCCACGUGCGCUACGCGGCGCUGGUGCUGGGCGCCGCGGACGCCUGGGUCCGCGUCCCCCGGCGGGGCGACGCGGUGUUUUGCACAUGGGAUAAUGCGGGCGCGCAGCUGCUGUUCACGGAGCGCGGCGGAUGCGUGACGGACUUGGACGGCCGGGAGAUCGACUUUGGCGCGGGCCGCGCGCUGAGCGCGAACCGAGGCAUGGUGGCGGCGCGCGCGGACGUGCACGCUGAGCUGCUCGCGGCCGUUACUGAUGUCCUCGCCGCGGAGGACGACAAAGAGGCGGCAAGGUAA